AUGAUGAAAUCUUUUGCUAGUGUGGUCAGCACUGAAGUGAAACAUAGUGCUAAGAUCAUCAAUGAAGAUCUUAAAAAUGUCCGAAAAACACUAAAUGAUGUUGCUGAUGCUAAAGAAAGAGAGGCUAAUGCGAUGCUGUUCAGGCUGGGAGAAGGCCUUGUUGACAAGGAUCGGGUCAUAAAAAUGAUUGCAAAAUUGACUGAUGACACUGUCAACGGAAAAAAUAUACUGAAAGUUUUUAGAUUGGGUAAGAGAGGUGAAGGAGUUGUCAGGCCAAUCCUCAUCAUGUUUGAUGAUGUAAAAAGCAAGGAAUAUUUCUUUACCAAUUUGUACAAACUCAGAUCUUUGAACGAUGAUUUUGCACACGUCAAAUUGAGUCAUGAUUUGACUGUUGAUCAGCGCAAGGAGCUGAAAAGAAUUUUAGAUGAUGCAAAGGCGAGAGAAACCAACUGUAAAGAGGGUUUUUUAUACAGUGCGAGGGGAGGUGGGAAGGUGGAAAAUAGUGAAAUUUCCGGCAAAAAAAGAGUCAAAUUAAUAAAUGGUAGAGUGGGUUCGUGCUUUGAUUUGUUUGGAUUAGUUAAAAAUAAAUUUCAUCACCUAACAAACAAAGGAUCUAAUGUUAAAUACAAUGUUACGAUUGGACUGUUAAAUGUCAGGUCAAUUUCAAAGAGGGUAGAUGAUGUUCAUGGGUUACUUUGUGAUGGGUUGGAUAUACUGGUUUUAACGGAAACAUGGCACGGGUUGGCUGGAAAUAUUUCUAUCAAUCUGGCCAUGCCUGCUGGAUAUCAGUUUGUUGAUUUUGUUAGGCAGCAUGAUCCAGGUCACGGUGGUUUGAUAGUCUACUUUCGUAAAGAAUUCAAGUACAAAAAAAUAAUUCUUCCACAACUUACUACACUUGAAGCUGUUGCUAUCCAAUUUUGGGUCAACGGAAGUAUAUUCAUUCUGAUUGCUAUAUAUCGACCUGGCUCAGCACAACUGUCUGUUUUAUUUUUUCAAGAACUGGUUUCAGUUUUAAAGCAGAUUACAGUCUUGGGUUCUAACGUUUUGCUCAUGGGAGAUUUUAAUGUACAUCUCGAAAGAACUGAUGAUCCAUAUUCCAUCCGAUUGGGUGAGGUAUUUGAAAUCUUCCAGUUAGUCAACCACAUUAACGAACCAACACAUGUGUUGGGUGGUACUUUGGAUUUGGUAAUCAGUUCUUGUGACUUUCCUGUUACCAACAUAAAAAUAUUUCCAAGCGGAGUGAUGUCUGACCACAGUUUAAUAACAGUUGAAACAUUGAUUCAGACAUUUCGUAAAAUAACUGCGAGACAUGUCAGGUCAUGGAAAAGUCUGGACGGAAAUCAACUGGCUAGGGCUGUUUUGGAUUCUCCAGUCUCUGGGCCUUUUCUUCACAGACAAGAUCAACAAGAUUAUAAUGUCUACCAACGUUUUGGUUCCGUCAGCACAUCACAGUCUUGUUACAAAUCUUGUUUCAUUGGCAGAUUUUCCAGAAAUAACAGAAACCGAACUUAA